CUUUUACUUGAUAAAUAUUUUCUUUCUUUUCUUUAGAAGCCGAUAUGCCAGACAGCCUAUCCUCCAUGUACGUGCUCGAAAAAUGUGAUACCAGCUGUCCAAUGGUUCAGCUAUUAAAUGCAAAAAGAAAGCGUGAGGAGCAAGGCGAUCUCGAUCCAGGACCUCUAGAUGUCCAUUACGAGUGGGAGAAGGAACAAAUAAUGUUUCAAAGUUCCACAGACCCCAGUAGCAAACUUCGUGGUGAGGUGGAUGCCUAUUACAAGCUUCAGGUGACAUCUGUGGUGACAUGUAAGACACAGCGCACAACAGCAUGGCACAAGGCAAGAGCAUGCAGGAUAACAUCAACACUGGCUCACAGAAUCCUGCGCCACCGAGGGCCCAACGAAGACCUUGCCGAAAAGAUCAUCAGGCAAAAUCGCAUCACCACAGCUGCCAUGAUUUAUGGCAUCAAGCUAGAACCUGCAGGACGGGCAUGGUUUGCCUAUCACGAAAAUGUUAUAGUUCAUGAGUUGGGAUUUGUUCUCAAGGACAGCCAACCAUGGCUAGGAUGUAGUCCUGAUGGAGUGAUUGAGUGUCCUCACUCAGAAACUGAGCUCCUUGAGAUCAAAUGCCCCUACUCAAAAAGGAGCGGGCAAGAGAAGUUCCUCGAGGGAAAAAGUCUUGCCUACCUUACGACGUCAGGUGGAGCAUGUCACCUUAAGACUUCCCACGAAUACUACACGCAAGUGCAGGUGGCUCUAUAUACACUUGGUCUGAAAGUGUGCAAAUUCUUGGUGUACACUCCCAAAGAGCAACUUCUUGUUGUUGUGAACCGUUGUGAUGAGUUCCUGAGUGAAGCUAUUCCUAAGCUAGAAGAAUUUUAUUUCCAUCACAUGUUGCCAAAGUUAGCACACAGUCAGCAAUAG